AUGAUGACAGAUGUAUGGAAUGUGGUGGACGGGUUGAAGCCGGCGAUGUUAAUGGCAGUGGCGCAGAUAGCAGGUACCGGCCUCAAUGUGCUGUACAAGCUCGUCGCGGAUGACGGCAUGAACUUGAGAGUGGUUGUUGCCUACCGUUAUAUCUUUGGCAGUAUUUUCAUUGCUCCCGUUGCCCUCAUUGCGGAGAGGAACAAAAGACCAAAGAUGACUUGGACUAUACUCUUUCAGGCAUUUCUAAGCGGGUUAUUUGGAGGAUUAAUGUCACAGAACUUAUACUUGGAAGCAUUGGCUUUAACUUCUACAACAUUUGUUUCUGCGAUGGCCAAUCUGAGUCCGGCCGUCACCUUUCUCUUGGCCGUCUGCUUCCGUUUGGAAAAGCUAAAUUUAAGAACCACAGCAGGAAAAGCCAAGAUCAUUGGAACAAUAAUAGGAAUAAGUGGAGCUAUGAUAAUAACAAUCUUCAAAGGCUCAGAAAUAGACACAGGCUCCUUUCACAUAACUCUCUUGCAUCACCAUAGUGGACACGUGGCAUCACCCCAUUACUCUUCCUCUGGUGGUAACACCCUCUUGGGUUCUCUCUGUGCUUUGGGAAGCUGCCUUGCAAAUGCCUUCUGGCUCAUCGUUCAGACUAUGAUAAGUAAAAGUUACCCAUGUCAUUACUCAAGCACAGCUCUCAUGAGUUUGAUGGGAUCACUCCUUUCCACUGCUUUUGCUGUUUGUCUUGAGAGGGAUUGGACUCAAUGGCAGUUAGGUUGGAAUGUUAGGCUUCUCACAGCGGCUUAUUCAGGAAUAGUGAUUUCUGGAGCAAUGGUGGUGGUGACGGCUUGGUGUGUGCAUAUGAGAGGCCCCCUUUAUGUCUCUGCUUUCAACCCCCUCUUGCUUGUGUUUGUGGCUUUUGCUGGCUCUUUCAUGUUAAACGAGAAGUUACACCUUGGAAGUAUAAUAGGAGGGGUGUUGAUAGUGUGUGGGUUGUAUUUGGUUUUGUGGGGAAAAGACAAAGAGAUGAAGAAGAUGAAUCAACUUGUUCCUUCACAGAGCCUUCAUGAAAUCACAGUGAGAUCUUCUGAAGAAUAUAAAAUCAGUCCCUAUAUUGUUAAUCCUCAAGUUGAAGAUUUCAAGCAUCAUGAUCAUCCAACAGAAAAGGAUAUAGUGAAGUAUGCAAAUGUCCAAAAUAAAAGGUGA